UGAAAGCGGACAGUCCGUGAACUGGAGGGAGAGUGAUUGAGAGAGAUCGGACACAGUGAUUUCCCGUUAAACUGACCGGCAGUGAGGGAGCGGAGUCGCGGGAUGGUGAGGAAAAGUGAUGCUCUGGCCACAGAGUCAGUGACCUGUCUCAAUGGAGCACUUGCCCAUCUCCGGAAUAUCUGGGAAGAGAUCGGGAUUCCAGAAGAUCAACGAUUGCAAAGAACUGAAGUUGUUAAAAAGCAUAUCAAGGGGUUAUUGGAUAUGAUGAUCGCAGAGGAAGAAAACCUGAGGCAGCGGCUGAAAAAGAGCAUUGAUAUGUGCCAGAAGGAACUCCAUGCUGUGUGCCAGGAACUCAAUUUGGCUGUUUGCAUGCCAGAAGAAGAUUGCACGAUGCUGCAACUGGAGAAAGAUCUGCGGACACGAUUGGAGGUCCUUCUGAAGCAGAAGAAAGAGAGGAUGCUGAAAUUGAAGAGCCUUAAAGAACAAGAUGAGGAGCUCUGUGACAUUCUCUGUACAACAGCCUACCCUAUUGAUGCUGACACUGUCCCUAGUCUUGAACAACUUGAUGCAUUUCAUGAACACAUUGCUUCACUUAAUGUAGAGAAGGGACGGAGAAGAGCUGAGUUUAUUGAAACAAAGAAAAAAAUCAUUCUUUGUAUGGAGGAACUUGACCAACUGCCAGACACCAGUUUUGAGAGAGACAUUGUGUGUGAGGAUGAAGAUGCCUUCUGUCUGUCCAAUGAGAAUAUUAUCGGUCUGAAAACACUUCUUCAACAGUUGGAGAUGAAGAGAGGUCAGAAUGAGAGCAAAUGCUCAGAGCUGAGAAAUCAAAUAAUUAACCUGUGGGACUGGCUGCAAAUUUCCCAAGAAGACCGUGAUGCCUUUUCUGCAAACAUGGUUGGCUCCAGGGUUAAGACAAUGCAAGCAUUGCAGGCAGAGUUGGAACGUCUAGAGGUCCUUAAACAACAGAACAUGAAAAAUGUGAUUGAAUCAAUCAGACGAGAGCUGGCAACGUAUUGGGAGAAAUGUUUCUUUAGUUCUUCACAACGGCAAGAAUUUGCUCCAUACCAUGAUGAGGACUACACAGAGGAGUUAUUGCAGCUACAUAACCUGGAGCUCAAUCGACUAAAGGAGUACUACCAAGCACACCAGCAACUGUUUGAGGGUGUUUGGAAGUGGGAAGAAAAUUGGAAGCUUUAUCUGAGUUUUGAGAAGAAAGCAGCAGACCCAAACCGGUUCACCAACCGUGGGGGAAAUCUGUUAAAAGAGGAGAAGCAAAGAACAAAGCUUUACAAAAUGCUACCUAAACUGGAGGAAGAGUUGAAAGUUCAAAUUGCUACUUGGGAACAGGAGCAUCAUUCCCAGUUUCAGGUUAACGGACAGAAUUUCAUGGAUUAUGUGACAGAACAAUGGGAGCUGCACAAAUUGGAGAAAGAGCGAGAGAAACAAGAGCGGCAACUGAAAAAGAACAAGUUAAUUGAGGAGGAGAUGCUGUAUGGUAGUGCCCCCAAAACUCCAAACAAAAGAAGGCUUAAUGCACUGAAUACCCCAGGAAAAUUACGAAAGCUAAAUGGUACGUCAAUCGCCAAUGCCACCCCAAACAGCACCCUUCGCUGUGCCAUUGGCGGUAGUGUUUGUUACUCACCCAUCUCCCGACCCCCACUAUCAGGACGCAAGCCAGGACAAUCUGUGCGCACACCAGGAUAUUCAGCUACAAAGCCUCCACGCCUUGGCCUGGUUGAAAGGAACAAAGAGAAUAUUUCUCACCUCAAUGCAACAGCAAUGAGUGGUGCGUCCACCGUCUCCACCCCACAGCAUAAUCUCAGCAUAAAUUCAGUUGCCACCACUUAUUCUGAGUUUGCGAUGGAUUCAGCUCCACUGUAGGAGCCUGCACAAAUAUACAGCAGCAC